GAAUGCAACAUCAUCCAUCUCUUCCUUUUUGCCCUUCCUGAUUUCUUCCCCAAUUUACGGUUAUUGUUUUUAUCCGAUUCUGGAAACUAUGGAGAUAAAAUCUUACCAAAAUCAGGCUGAGCAGCUAGUCAAGGAAUAUUUACUGGCAGAUUCCUUCAUCCCAUACACAUCAGUUAUUUGUGGCAUUUGUGCUUCCAAGAUGGUCUAUGAUGUUACCCAGUUGUUUAGCAAUGUUUACUUUAAGAGCUAUCCCAGCCUGUCCAAAGUCCAACGCACUGAAUGGAGCAACCGAUCCAUGUCAACUUUUCAUGCCAUUUUCAUAACAGUUAUGUCCUUAUACUUUGUGUUUUGGUCAAAUCUAUAUUCUGACCACCAACAUGGUAGCCUUAUUACUUUCCGCAGUUCUGCACUGUCUACAUUCACAUUGGGGGUAUCUGUUGGUUACUUUCUUAGUGACCUUGGGAUGAUCAUUUGGUUUUACCCUUCUCUCGGUGGAAUGGAGUUUGUCCUUCAUCAUCUUCUGUCAGCAGCAGCUGUAGCAUAUGCUAUGUUGACUGGGGAAGGUCAGCUUUACACCUUCAUGAUACUCAUCUCUGAGACUACAACCCCGGGGAUUAACUUGAGAUGGUAUCUUGACACAGCUGGAAUGAAGAGAUCAAGAGCUUACUUAAUUAAUGGGGUUGUAAUAUUUGUCACAUGGCUGGUUGCUAGAAUACUCCCGUUUAUUUAUCUAUUUUACCACCUCUACUUGCACUAUGAUCAGGUUAAGCAGAUGCACAACUACGGGCAAUUGUUAAUAUUUGUUGUGCCAUUAGUCCUAUCAGUUAUGAACUUGAUGUGGUUUGGAAAGAUUAUCAGGGGAUUAAGGAAGACAUUAGCAAAGAGGCAGUGAAGGGUACAUCGAAAGUGGUAAAGAAAAUCCUCUUUUUUAGGAUUAAUGCCUUGUACUGUGCAUUCUCUCUUCUGGUUUGUUAAAGUGUAAAUGGUAUAGAAGGUAUAGUUGAAAACCACAGAGCCGUCCUAUAUCUGAUUCAAUCUGACAAAUCAUCACGUAAUGCUGAAGCGUGAUUGACUAAAUCUGUAUAUGAUCUUGGAUACGAAAUCUGGAUGAAAAAGGUAAAAGUGCCACA